AUGCUCCUCAUCGGCCUAACCGGGUCCAUCGCCACCGGCAAAUCCACCGUCUCCUCCCUCCUCUCCCAACCCCCCUACCACCUCCCCAUCAUCGACGCCGACCUCCUCGCCCGCCAAGUCGUCGAGCCCGGCACGCCCGGCUACUCCGCCAUCGUCGCCCACUUCGCGCCCACCACCCCCGAUCUCCUCCUCCCCACCAGCGACACCAUGCCCGAAAACGGCCCCUCCGGCCACGGCCGCCCUCUCAACCGGCCGGCCCUCGGCCGCCGCGUCUUUGGCGACGAUGAGCAAGUCCGGAAGGACCGGGCUGUGUUAAAUGGGAUUGUGCAUCCGGCUGUGAGGAAGGCGAUGUUCCGCGCUGUGGUGGGGAAUUAUGUAAAGGGUCAUCGGGCAGUGGUGUUGGAUGUGCCGUUGUUGUUUGAGAGCCGGUUGGAUCGGUUCUGUGGGACGGUGAUGGUGGUUGCGGUGCGGGAUCCCAAGGUGCAGAUGGAGAGGUUGCGGAAGAGGGAUCCGCAUUUGAGUGUGGAGGAUGCGCAGAAUCGGGUGGGGAGUCAGGGGGAUGUGAGGGAGAAGGCUAGGAGGUGUGAGGCGAGAGGUGCUGGGAGGGGGGUGGUAGUUUGGAAUGAUGCGGGGAGGGAGGAGUUGGCGGAGGAGGUGAGGAGGGUUAUGGAGGAGGUGGAGAGGCAUAGUCCGAGGUGGUGGAAUUGGUUAAUGUGGGUGUGUCCGCCGGCGGCGGUCGUGUUGGCGGUUUGGGGGUUCUGGCAGAAUUCGAGGAUAAAUAAGGCGUGGGAGGAGGAGGAGUUGAAGAAGAAGGCGAGGUUGUGA